AUGUCUGUUGAACUUAAUGAUUAUACCAUCGUCGAUGUUGAUCAAAAGGAAAAGGAAUCUAAUCCAGACAAUAAGGGCACGGCCUGCACCCAGAAUGGAGUUACGAUCAUAAUUAAAAAAUCCGAGCCUGGAAACGCUGAUGACGUCAUGAAGUUUGAUGAAGAUCCGCUGGAAGAGCGCUGCACUUUAUUAGUUGAUAAAAUACAGAAGAAAGUCCAGGAAACUAUGAGAUUACAUUGGAUCCAAAUAAAACGAUGUGCAACCGCCGUAUCUAUUUGCCUGUAUUUCGCCUACUUUACUUAUUGUAUGUACUUCCGGUUUGGUGACGAGGGAUCCGUUCGGCUGCUAGUAUGUACAUUGUUUGGAGUUCUAAUUGCGUUGGCUAUGGCGAUAGUAGGAAUGACGAAGACACAGUGGAUUAUAGUAUGGGAGGGGAACAUACAGCCAUUUGUCGACUCUAAGACAGGCAAACGUACUGUUACCAUCACAUCGCUAUUGCUGAAAGUAAUCGUGUUUUUCGUCAUCGUUGUUUUCAUCAUCGUUGACGUAGUCGUUGAUCAUCCUGAAAAUCUCAUCGCUGUUUCCGGUCAGGCCAUCUAUGUCAUCAUCUUCUAUAUAUUCUCUAUAAGUCCAGGCAAGGUGAAGUGGCACACCGUAUUCUGGGGAUUUGCCCUACAAUACAUCUUCGCACUCAUCAUCCUUCGUCAAGAAUGGGGCUUCGAUACCUUAUGGUACUUAGGGGACCGCGUGAGGGAGUUCCUUCAACAUUCAGACGCAGGCGCAAUCUUCAUGUUCUCCGAGCCGUUAGUCAACAAGCAUACUAUCGCCUUCACGGUGUUUCCUGUUGUCAUCUUCUUCAGCACUGUCAUUUACAUCCUCUACUACCUGGGAGUUAUGCAGAUUAUCGUACGAGUACUUGGUCACGCCAUUGCUUUAAGCAUGGGAACAACUUCAGCGGAAUCUUUCAACGCCGCAGCAAACAUAUUCGUCGGCAUGAUAGAAGCAAUUCUGAUGAUCGGUCCAUCCAUCAGCGAUAUGACUUGUUCAGAGCUGCAUGCCGUGAUGACAGCAGGGUUCGCCACUAUUGCUGGGAAUGUAAUGGGAGUUUAUAUCAGUUUUGGUAUUCCAGCUAACCAUCUGAUAGCCGCAUCUAUCAUGUCGGCUCCAGCCGCCCUAGCCGUCUCCAAACUUACCUACCCCGAGAUAGAGGUGCACAAAUCCAGCAGUGGGGACCUUAUCAAGAUGGAGAAAUCGAAAGAGAGAAACAUCGUAGAGGCAGCAGCAGCUGGUGCCACAGCGUCCAUCAAGAUGGUCUCGGCCAUGGCCGUUAAUAUCAUCGCCUUUCUAUCCUUACUCAGUUUCGUCAACGCAACUCUCAUCUGGUGUGGAGAAAGAGCAGGAAUGGAGGGCUUUUCUCUCGAGUUUAUUUGUUCCUACCUGUUCUUCCCGAUCGCCUUCUUUAUGGGAACAGAUGUUUCCGACUGCCGUAAGGUGGCAGAGCUGAUUGGUAUCAAAACAUUUACUAACGAGUUUAUCGCCUACCAGAAACUGGCCGGUAUUAUUAGUAAUGGUAACUCUCUGGCUAACUAUACCGCCUUCUACAACGACACGGCGCAUUGGUACUGGGACAACGGCAACGUCAUGCUCAACAACACUGGCCAGGAGUUGGUGGGAGGGAUCAUCUCGGACAAGUCAGAGGUUAUCGCCACCUACGCCUUGUGUGGCUUUUCCAACUUUGGCUCCAUCAGUAUACUUCUAGGAUCUAUGGGCGCGUUGGCGCCAACUCGAAAAAGAGAUCUCGCCCGGAUGGUAGUUCGUGCCACGGUUUCAGGUGCAGUGGUAUGUUUCCUCAACGCUUGUGUCGCUGCGGACAAUCGGAAACUGUGCAGGGAAGUGGAAUUUAGAGGAUUCUAUAGAAAUCAUCCCUUGCUUGCCACUGUGGAUUUGGUUUUGCGAUGA